UACGUCGUUGAUUAUGAACCUAUAAUUAUGGAAAGUCACUUUAAUAAAGAUUUAACAGUCAAAUCUGACCUAGAAUUAAGUAACUUAGUAGCUGGAGAUGUACCUACGGACAUCCUUUUUCCCGACGAGUUAAAUAGAUAUUUGCGAGAACAGAUACAGUAUGUGAGACACGAAAAUGUGAUGCUCCAGAGGAAUUUCUCGGAGCAGGAGAGGCAGUUGGAAGAAACACAAGAGAAGCUAAAAGUGUUGCUAAAAGAGCAGCAACAAGCCGGUCUAAAGAAUUCACCCAAGAACGAGUAUGUGACCGCCUCACAGGUAUCAAAUAGUAAAUUUGUCGAACUAUCUAAGAAGUUAAGGGAAAAAACCAGUGAAGUUGAGUGUUUGAAAAAUCGAUGUUCAAAACUUGAAGCAGAACUGUCGGAAUGUCAUUUUUCGGAAACUGAUGAUGGUAAACUAGGACAAGAAGAGACAGUUAAGAAGACACCCAGCGAUGAUGACCAAACGAAGAAGCUGCAAGACAAACUUAGCAUGACAACUUAUAAAUUGUUGGAAGCGAAAAAUUCAAACACUCAGUUAAAAAAUGAACUGAAAUCUAUGAAAAAAUGUCUUCAACAAGAAAUAGGCGAAAACUACGAGUCGUUAGUCAGCAAUUCUAAUUGGAGAGGACGAGCACAGACUAUCUGUGACUUGACCCAGAAGAACACUGAAUUAAAAGAAAAGUUAAAAAAUAUACAAGACAAAACUGCUGGUAAUGCAACUAACGUGGAAGCGAUUGCAAAAGCUGAAAGCAAAAUUCAUACACUGACGCAGGAGAAUGAACAAAUCAAAAAUGCGAGUGAAGAUCUAUUAAAAAAAUUCAGCACUCUAAAAACAAAACAUAGAACAAUGGAAACCGAUUUUUCCAUAAUGAAGUCCAAAUAUGGAUUGUUGUCUGAACAGACUGAGCGUGAUAAGGAAAUAAUGAACACUUUAACUUGGCAACUGAGCACGCUGAAAGAAACGCAAAACGAUGCACACAGACAAAAGGACAAACAAAUAAAGAAACUAAAAUCUGAAGUUGAUAAUUUAACAGGCGAAAUAAACAAAUAUAAAUGUCAAAUAGAUAACAUGAAUAACACGAUAAUAGAAAAGUCUAAGCAAAUUGCUGUCCUGAAGGCAGUUGAAGGAGGACCGAAAUUAAAUAACGAAAUCAUUCCAACGAAAAAGGAUAACCAAUUGGGUCGAAUGGAAGCAGAGAGACUACGUUUGUUGGAGUUGCUCGAAAUGGAAAAUCGCAGAUUACAGGCUGAACGGGACAAGCAUGGUGAAACACAAAAUCAACUCCGUUUUGAACGGCACAGGGCGGCCAAGUUAGAGUCUACAGUCGCACGCAUGAAUUUAGAACAAAACUCCACGAAGGUUGCGAGUUACAGUAAUUUGAUUGCGAAUCGAUCACAAGACACCAUUGGUAGACUUCAAGACGACUUGGUUCUGGCAGAAGAAACCAUUAAAGCACUUAAAACGAGAAUCGAUCUUGAGAAACAAGAGAGGAAACAAGAUUACAUCGAGUUUUCUCGAAUUUUACAAAAUGAUGACAGGAAAAAGAAAUAGUUUAUAAAACUUUACAUUAUUGAAAAUAUACAGUAUACACUUUUAACAA